GUGCCGGCGCUGACGUCACGGGGAGGCUGGCGGUGUCAUGGCGGCUGCCGGUCAGCGACUCGGAGCCUUUUCCAUGUAAACAGCUCGACGGCUCGUCCUCUCCCUCCCCUUCCCCCUCCCCACCCCUCCCCCCUUCCUUGUUCCCCCCUCCCCCCCCCUGCCCCCACCCCUCCGCCGCGCACACCCCGCCUCAUGGAAUGUCAUGACGGUGCCGAGCGGGGCGGCGCGGCCGUGGAGUUCGCCGGAGCCACGCCGAGCACCCAGGGCGAGGGCGAUGGCGGCGGCGGGCGGCUGAAAGGCUCCUGCCGGCCUGGGGAGGCCGCCACCCCCGGCCCCACCCCCGCACCGAGUGCCGGGACACAACACCUGGGUGGAGAGGGGGAGAGUGAGAGGGUGCAGGACGCCGCCGCCACCGAGAAAGUGAGGGAAGAGGGAGAGCAGCGAAACUUGGUAAACAAGAUGGGCGAGCUGUGCGCCGAGGUUGAGAGUGGCUUAGCGAAAGGAACCCUGCCUGGCCUGCCACAGCAACCGCCCCCGCCGCAGACUGACGCUCAGAUCCAGGACGAAGGCAGUCCCACAAAAACCCCUGAGGGUGACAAGAAUCAUAGUGCCAGUGACCAAAGCUUGCCCGGAGAAUCGCAAAGCAUCGACUCCCUGGAGUCAUUUUCCAAUCUGAACUCCUGCCCGAGCUCUGACUUGAACAGUGAAGGGGCUGAAGACCGGGCUCUGGCUCUUGCUUUGCAGACUGAAGAGUAUAAUGGCAAGGAUGGUAUUGCCAAACCAUCAAGUUCGAAGGAGAGGUUCCCCGGACAGUCAGUCUAUCACAUUAAAUGGAUCAAGUGGAAAACCGAAAACACGCCCAUUAUUACACAGAAUGAAAAUGGCCCUUGUCCAUUGCUCGCAAUUAUGAACGUUCUUCUUUUAGAAUGGAAGAUUAAACUUCCACCUAUGAUGGAAAUUAUAACAGCAGAACAGUUAAUGGAAUACUUAGGUGACUACAUUCUUGAUGCAAAACCAAAAGAAAUCAAUGAUGUUCAGAGAUUAAACUAUGAGCAGAACAUGAGUGAUGCAAUGGCCAUUUUACACAAGCUGCAGACAGGACUCGAUGUAAAUGUGAAGUUUACUGGUGUAAGAGUGUUCGAAUAUACACCCGAGUGCAUAGUGUUUGAUCUUCUUGAUAUUGCACUUUACCAUGGAUGGUUGGUUGAUCCACAGACGGCUGAUGUAGCGAAGGCAGUGGGAAUGUGCAGCUAUAACCAGCUGGUUGAGAAGAUUAUCUUCUGUAAACAAUCAGAGAACAGUGAACUCGUCAGUGAAGGGUUUGUUGCAGAACAAUUUUUGAACAGCAGUGCAACCCAACUGACAUUCCAUGGGUUAUGUGAACUGAUUUCUACUGUUGAAGAAGGAGAGAUGUGUGUGUUCUUCAGAAAUAACCAUUUUAGUACAAUGACAAAACACAAGGGCCAGCUGUAUCUACUGGUGACAGACCAGGGCUUUCUGACAGAGGAGAAGGUGGUCUGGGAGAGUUUACACAAUGUGGACGGAGAUGGCAAUUUCUGUGACUCUGAAUUUCACCUGAGACCUCCAUCUGACCCAGAAACUGUGUACAAAGGACAGCAGGAUCAAAUAGAUCAGGACUAUCUGAUGGCCUUGUCCUUACAGCAGGAGCAGCAAAGCCAGGACUUAUCCUGGGAGCAGAUUCCUGAAGGAAUUAGUGAUCUGGAACUAGCAAAAAAACUGCAGGAAGAAGAAGACAGACGAGCAUCCCAGUUCUAUCAUGAACAGGAACAGGCAGCUGCAGCUCAAAGCCAGGAAGGUCAACAAUCACAGGCAGCAACUGCUAGCAAACAACCUGCGGGCACUGAACGGAAACAGCGUAAGGAAACAAAGGAAAAAGAGAAGGACAAAUGCAUUCUCUUGUGAUGGAGGUUGGAGUUUACCAGGAACUAAGUGCAUAACCCUUUAAAGAUGAUAUGCCGCCUGUGCCUGAUCCCGAAUUGUUCACACUUUGAGAAGCGAAGGGAUGACUUCUUUAAUACAGUCGGCCAAACUUUGUUCAAUGUUGCACAAUGCACUAUAUUCACAAUGGAGUUUCUAUGGCAUUGAUUGAUGCAGUUACAUUUCAUUUGACAUAAAUCAUUGUUCAAAACAUACAAGAAGCACCUUUAUGUGUUAACAGUGAAAUCACAAUGCUUGUUUUCAAUAUCACUAAAUUAAUUAAUGCAAUCAGCUAAUAAGCUAUCUCGGCUAAUACUGCCUCAAUUUUAUUACAGGACAAUGGCAGUUUCAUGGUAUGUUUAGUUUUAAUGCUCACAAUAAGUGACAAUAGCUAGAUUUUUAUUUUAGCUUUCAUUAAGUGCUACUAGAACUGAUCAGCCCAGUGAAUUACAGAAAACAAAGACAAAACAAAUAAAAAUGGUCUUUCAUGCAAUGGCUUGUUUAAGAUAUGCUGACACAAAUUUUGAUAGGAUAUACAUGGAGAAGUUGAACAAUAUUUUGUCCAAUUGAGUUAUUUUUCCAUGAGCUGGUUUUAUUUUGAGCCAUAUUAAUCUGAAGGAAUAUAAGAAGACAGAUUAACAUUUAAUAGUGGUAUCUCUUGCUUCAAGUUUUCUUUUAACUGAAUGAAUGUGCUUUUUGUUUUGAAGGAAUUUAAAUUUUUUUCAAAAAAAUCACUUGUGGAAAUGUGUGAAAGCAGUGAUAAGGAAUGUAAGAUAUCUGCAAGUUAGUAAACAAAAUCAUGAGUGAAUAUACUCUGUAUUUUCACUAAGAUAGUGUUUUAACUUGACAAUAAAAUUGUAAGCUUAUUAAUGAGAUGUGGAAGGCCCAAAACAUGGUUGAAACCUUGUGUUCCGCACAAUGUUUUUCGACCAGCACAAUACAUGAACAGCAGCAUUCUUUCCAAUAACAGAUUAAUGCCUUCAAAAUUAUUUGGUCAAAUAUUAGUCAAGCCCAUUGGCAGUAGCUAAGUUAGGUUUCUAAAUGGGACCAAUAUCCAAAUGAUGAAAUUAUAACAUGAUGAUAGAAACAUAACUUUAUUCCUUGCGGUAUGUAUGAUACAUUUAAUAUGAUGGUAAGAUGUUGUGCAUGUAUUGUUCGUUGGGACAUGGCUGCUGGAACAUGCAAACACUAAAUUGUUGAUGGUUAAGUUUGAAGGAAUACUGUCUGAAAGUUCAUUUUUAUACUGUUGAGGUUGGCUUAGAUUAUGAUCAUCCUUCUAAUAAUGUAGCUGUUUUUGUGGAUUUUAAUACAUGGACCAGUUUAUUUGAAUACCUCUAAAAGGGCACCCUCAGUUAAGAGUGCUUGAAGCAGUUUUACAUAAAGAGGAGACAUGUUGCAACCCUUUGGUAACUGAGAGGGGGGAAAAAAUAAAAACAUUAAACCUGUUUACUUAGACAUAAAUAUUUAUUCAUUAUGAAAUCAUUUUAAAUUAUUUCGAGGUGGGCAACCCAAGCAUUUUUUAAAAUGGUUUUUGAAGGAAUCGUGUUGCACUUAGAAAUUUCCUUUCAUUAGGAAGUUCUUUACCUAGAAUAGGUAUAGUGAACAAGAUUGUUUGAGGGAAUUGCUUUGAUUGUUUGAGGGAAUUGCUUUGAAUUGCCUGGCUGUGUUGUGGAUUAGCUGACAUCUGUAAUGCAUGAUAACUUUAUAGGUCCUGCAGUAACUGUUCACCCAUUCUAUUGUAAACUUGUAUUUGCCUCAUUAAAAUAUAUUGAUAUUAAAAGCACCAGAAAAUCAAA